GAGAGGUAGAGAGAAAUAGAGAGAGCGAGAGAGAGGCAGAGCACAGAAGAAAGAGUGGAGGGGGUGGAUGUGUUAAUACACAGGAACACUGCAUCAAACCAAUGCACUGCUCUGAGCGGGAUGCGUCAGCAGUACAUUCACGUUUUCACUGAAGGACAAAAGGAGGAGAUAGAGCGGAGCGGCUCGGCUGCCUGCAACCCCAUCACGUAAAGGGAAAAAGAGAGAGAGAGUGAGAGAGAGAGAGAGAGAGAGAGGAGCCCUGAAUGCCAGGGAGGGGGUGAGGACCACUGCUGCCGCCACUGCUGCCGUCGCCGCUGCCGUCGCCGUGGACAGGAUUCACCUCUGGGUGCAUGUGUGUAAGCCUCUCUCCCUCGCUCUCUCUCUCCUCUUGGCUGCUUGCUUGCCUGCCUGCCUGCCUUCCCGCCUGCCUGUCCGGCUUCCACCGCAGACCCCCAGCCAACCCAACAGGCUCAUGAGCAGGAGCGGAAGAACUGCCACAACUUACUACCUCAGGAUGCCAGAAUAAAGGAAUACUGCAAGAUCUGCACCGGGGGGACAAACUACAGGACCCUCUUCAAGACAGCUCUCAGAAAUCAGCCAUACAUCAUGCAGCAAGAUCAGUUCCUCCCUUUCUGACUCUGAGAGAAAGAUAGAGGAACCGAGUGAGAGAGCGAGAAGUGAGAGAGGGAGAAAGCGCAAGAGAGAGAGGGAGUGAGAGAGAGAGAAAGAGAGAGAGCGAUCGCAAGAGAGAGAGAGCUUCACUGCUGCGCUGCUGCUCCCCCCUUCCCUUCCCCUUCCUGCUCUUGCACUACCACCCCCAAGCCCCCCUCCGGAGAAAUUGACGGAUUAUUGCUAACUGUGCACGCGGCAGUCUGCUGCUGCUACAGCGACGGGCAGGAGAGCACGGCGAGUUAAAAAAGCAAGACGGAAUGACCGCAAUGUGCAUCUGUUGGCCUUUUUUGUAUUCAUCAGCGCACGGCUAAUCAACUGGACAAGUGGGGGGUGUGCUCCGGCAAAACUGAGAAAAGGGUUAGUCUUUAACAGAGAGAAAAAAACUGAAAGGACUUGGGAUUUCAUCCCCUACUUUACUAUUUUUUUCUGUCUUUUUCUUCGCUUCAUUUUUUUAAUGCGCUUGCAGUUUGGCGAUGGAGUCUUGUGAAAAAUGUUCAGUGGUUUUCAGCGUCAGCUUCCAAGGACAAUCAGUGGGGGAGCUGAGAGGAGAUCUCUUCCAAUCUGACUGGAUCCAUGCACCUGCUUAGCUCAGUGGGCCUUACCCCCUUGAACCAGUUUCUCUAAACGCUGCUUCUCUCUGGAAUUCAAAGGAGCCAUUUUGUCAAAGCAGUUCCCAGUCCAGUUUACUUUUCUCAAAGAAAUAUAGCAAAAUGUUCCCGAGGUCUUGUUGAGACGGACCGGUAAGCCUGAGCGAAACAAAAAAAAAAAGGGACAGGAGAAUCCCUUUGAAUUCCGUACUAAUGAGCACCAUCCUGCACUGUCGAUGGAAAACAGAAGCAGUGUCUUGCUCAAACCAGGGUAGGGCCACUGUUCUCCGUUCCCGAGCCGAAUCCCCACACGAUGUUGAAUUAUGAACGCGCCACAUCAUGAGUCUCUUGUGGCAGGUAACUGUGCACCGUGCCUGGAACGCAGCCCUGCUCUGUGCAGUCUACCUCAUGGUGCGAGCGUGGAGUGUGUGCGCCGCCCCCACCGAACCGCAGAACUGCCCAGCCGUCUGCUCCUGCAGUAACCAGUUCAGCAAGGUGGUGUGCACCAGGCGCAGCCUGGUCCGAGUGCCCUCUGGCAUCCCCGCCAACACACGGCACCUCAACCUCAUGGAGAACAGCAUAGAGAUAAUCCAAGCUGACACUUUUCGACACCUCCACCACCUGGAGGUGCUGCAGCUUGGCAGGAACUCCAUUCGGAAGAUUGAGGUGGGGGCCUUCAAUGGCCUCACCAAUCUCAACACCCUGGAGCUGUUUGACAACCGGUUGACCGUAAUCCCAAGUGGCGCUUUUGAGUACUUGUCGAAGCUGCGGGAGUUAUGGCUCAGGAACAACCCUAUUGAAAGCAUACCGUCUUAUGCAUUCAACCGAGUCCCCUCGCUCAUGCGAUUGGAUUUGGGAGAACUGAAGAAACUGGAGUAUAUUUCGGAGGGUGCUUUUGAGGGAUUAUACAACUUGAAAUACCUAAACCUUGGAAUGUGUAAUCUGCGGGAGAUGCCUGUUCUCUCCCCAUUGGUGGGUCUGGAGGAGCUGGAGAUGUCAGAGAACUACUUUCCGGAGAUCAAACCCGGAUCCUUCAGGGGUCUAAAGUCCCUCAAAAAGCUCUGGAUUAUGAACUCCCGGAUCACCACCAUGGAGAGAAAUGCUUUUGAUGAUGUCACAGCCUUGGUUGAGCUCAACCUGGCACAUAAUAACCUUAGCUCUUUGCCCCAUGAUCUUUUUGCACCCUUGAGUUACCUGGUCGAGCUGCACUUGCACCAUAACCCCUGGCGGUGCGACUGCGAUGUUGUGUGGCUGGCCUGGUGGCUGAGAGAGUACAUCCCUACCAACUCCACGUGCUGUGGCCGCUGCCACACCCCUGCACACCUGCGAGGGCGUUACCUAGUGGAAGUGGACCAGACUACCUUCCAGUGCUCAGCUCCCUUCAUCCUGGAUGCUCCACGGGACCUUAACAUCUCUGCGGAGAGAGUUGCUGAGCUCAAAUGUCGUACAGCCCCCAUGUCAUCUGUCAGAUGGCUGCUGCCCAACGGAACGGUGCUGACCCACGGCUCCAAUCACCCCCGGAUAUAUGUGCUCAAUGACGGAACUCUAAACUUCUCCAACGUGCUGGCAUCUGACACAGGUGUCUACACCUGCAUGGUCACAAACAUGGCCGGAAACUCCAACGCAUCGGCCUACCUGAAUGUGAGUGCAGCCGAGCUCAACACCUCUGAGCACCUGAGCUACUUCACCACAGUGACCGUGGAGGUGGUGGAGCCCACGUCAGAGGAGGUGAUCAAACCGAAGACGGUCACGGCCUCGCCCUCCGUCUUCCAGCCUGUGUUUAUCUCGACACCAACCGUGCUGCUGCAGACACCCCGACAGGUUAGCGUGCCAACAGUCCGAGGAACAGUGCGCCCACCUGCCAGCUUAGACGAGGUGAUGAAGACUACAAAAAUUAUCAUUGGCUGCUUUGUUGCCGUCACGCUGCUUGCCGCGGUCAUGCUGAUCGCUUUCUACAAGCUGCGCAAGCGGCACCAGCAGAGGAGCACAGUGGCAGCUGCCAGGACUAUAGAGAUCAUUCAAAUGGAGGAGGACGUUCCUCCUGCCACCUCGGGGACGAGUAUACCAGGAGAGGGCGGGAUGGUGCUGCCAAGCCUGAGAGAUCGUAACAGCACCUACAAACCCAGCUACAGCACCUACAAACCAGCACACUCGGCACCCUGGACAGAGAACAACAUUGGCAACUCUCUGCACCGCUCUCGGCCCACCACCAUCAGCACCAUCCCUGAACCCUACUUGAUUAAAACUCACACCAAGGAGAAGGUACAGGAAACCCAGAUCUAACGUUCCCUUCUCAUUCUCCUCCCUCUCCUCCCUUUUUUCUGUUCCUCAUGAAAACAUGCAAUAGAAUGCACAAAGAAAAGACAGCGAUUACUUUUGUACCCAGUGCAAAAACGAGACUGUUUUUCUUGUACAUGCUUAUAUAUAAAUAUAUGAAUAUAAAUAUAUAAAUGAAUCCACUAUGGGAUGGUAAGAGAAGCAGAUUAUAUAAAAAUGAAAAAUGAAUUUAAACUAUUUUCUAACUUGUAACUUCUAUUUAAGAUGGAGAUACAUGAAGAUACUGACGUGACACUGCGAAUGAGGGCAGACUUGUUUGAAAAAGGGCACUCUGUGGUUUUUAGACAAAGCUAGAUAGGCUCCAGUAAAAUUUCAACAAAAACUGUCCCCUAAAGAAGACUCUUUACAGGUUUAUCUUGUAAAAGCAACAAGAAUUUGUUAUGUGCCAAAUGUUAUACAUGCAAUAAAAGAGUUUGGGUUUAAUGAGAUAUCAGAAAUCAUAAAACACUGCAAAAUAUAGUCUAUACUGAGGCUGGGCAGGAACGUUCUUCUGAGUCUUCUGUUUAGCAGCUAUCAGCCAAAUGGGUUUGGUCUAAUGUGCUAUUUUGCAGUGAGUGGUUAACUCUGUAUUUGCCGAAUAGACAGGCUGCUUUUUUUCACUGGUCUCGCUAUGAGAAGCAUUGAGGCAGUUUGGAUCUGGUUAUUACUCUUUUCCCUUAAUAUCCCUUUUGACUUAAACAAAUUAAGUGAACCCCAGUAGUUCUUUCUGGCCACUUCCUUCUUCCUUCCCUCCUCUACUAUUGGUUGCUUUCCCACAUUCUUUUGUUUUAGAGACUUCCCAAAUGCUUCUUAAGGCUUGAGUGGCUUUUAGGGCUAAAAUAUACAGUACGUAGUAAAUACAUUACAACAGUGGCCUCAGAUUAGUAGUGUAAGGGCUCAACAGGAUGUUUUUUUUUUUUUUUUGCGAUUGCGAUUAACGAUGCUGAGAUAAGUUGACAAGACACAAAGGUUUUCUGCAAGUUAACAUUAACAUGACUGCUUACGAUUUUUUCUUUCUUUCUUUUUCAUUUAUGUUGAGAAGGAUCUACAAAUGAAUGUGUGCAUUAUGGGCUGUCCUCUAUGGUGAUCGUUCAAACAGUGAAUUUUCCUUUGUUCCUUAUUUUGAGCAACACUAUUUUUAUGAGGAGUCUACAGAGGUUACAACAAUAAAACAUUUGGUUUGUAUUUCUCUAAACUCAA